AAGUCUAUGAAUGCAUCAUCAAUUCAGCUCCCAACGGGGGGCCAAAAAAUAAAAAAAAGAAUCACCGUCUGAGUGUUGCUGCACAGCAGAGCAGAUGAGGAUUCGGGAUUAGGGGGUUGGGCUGUCUGCUGGUUGGAAGAAGCGCGCCUCCAGAAAUCCAGUUGGUGCGUGGCGGUGCAGCAUCGUUGCAUCUCUCCCGCAGCAGCAGCAGCAGCAGCAGCAGCAGCAGCAGCACAGCACCUUCCGUCAUCCUCAUCCGGACGCCGCAGCACGGUGGGAACAAGAGGAUCUGCAAGAUGGUGAAACUCGGGAGUCAUCUUCAGGACAAAGGGGUCAAAGCGGCCAGUGUGGAGGACGGCUUCCAAAACGUGCCCCUCAUCACUCCUCUGGAUGUGGGUAGCUUGCAGAGCCAAGCCCCUGACAAGGUUGUGGUGAAAACUCGCACCGAGUACCAGACGGAGAAAAAACGGCUGAAGGUUCCCAAAGUGGAGGAGUUCACCAUCAGCUUUACCGACGGCGUGUCUGAAAAACUCAAGGUCACCAUCCUGAUCAUCCUGGCCUUGGCCUUCCUGGCCUGCAUCGUGUUCCUGGUGGUUUACAAAGCCUUCACCUAUGACCACGCCUGCCCAGAUGGAUUCCUAUAUAAGCACAAGCGCUGCAUCCCGGCCUCGCUGGAGGCCUACUACGCCGCGCAGGACGCCAACUCCAGGGGGCGCUUCUACACGGUGAUCAGCCACUACAGCAUGGCCAAGCAGACCACCUCGCACUCCGUCUCCCCCUGGCUGCCCGGCGGGGCUGCGGGGCAGCCGCACGACGCCAAGCCCCCGCAUGGCGGCGCCGACGUCCACUGAGCCGGCUGAAUCGCACUAGGCGCACACGCGCCAUGUCUACAUCCGAGUGUAUCACACGCCAGUAGGGCCUUUAGAGUGCAUGCAGACAUCACGGUUACAAGUCACAUUUGGAUUUGUCUGUUCACUCUUACUGAGAGGCAUUUUUUUUAAUUUUUUUUUUUAUCAUUGUUGUGUUAUAAUACCAACACCAUCCCGCUAAUGUAUUAUUUAUUGAGUUUCAUUCCAUUUAUUGUUUACAGUAGUGUGUGGAUAGUUUUAUGCGGCUUAAUCACCUAAUUCGCAAUCUGCUGUCUCCUCUAGUACUGUUUACUAUUCGUACAGUAGUUUAUUUAUUUAUAAACACACACACACACACACAGUAUUGGAUGGGCCAAAAGUAAAAAGGCUUCAAGCUGUUUAAUGCCACUUAACAGUUCAAAUUUACUGUCUCACUAAAAUGCAAAACAGAGAAGUACAGUCCACUUUUCUGCCUAGCCUAAUGCUAACAAACAAUGGAAAACACCAUUAACAUGCUAACGGUUAGCAGUGAGCGCUGUUGUUUCAGAAGCAGCGCGUAUUUGAAUACAAACAGUCGAGCAACACUGACACAUAAUACAACAAUACUCAACAGGUAUAUAUUCUUUCUCCUCUCCAAAAAACAAUAUUACAGCAUCUUACUGAGGAGUAGAUGUCGUCUAUUCUUUGUCAUAUACUGUACAUACAAAUCAGUAUUUCAAGGCACCACUAUAUACCCCUUUACUUUCUUCAUUUUCUUCCCCUUAUUGCAUUACAUCUACAGUGUUAUUCCUGGCAAUGUUGCCUACUUAUUGUUUCAUCCUUCCUUCCUUUGCUGAAACUUAAUUCAGCCUUCUUUCCUCUUAGACCCGUUUUUUAAUUCAUUCAUCCUUACUUUUUUCACGUCUGCCUUCCUUCCAUCACACUUGUUUUUUUUAUUCAUGCAUCCUUGCUUCUUUCCUUCGCCUAAACCAGCCUUCCUUAAUAAUCUAAUUCCUCAGAUCCUUGAUAUAUUUUCCUAUCUUCUACUGCUUAAAACCUUUUUUUUUUUUUUAACUUCCAUCACUGUCCAAUCCUGUGUUUCAAUCCACUUUCUUUGUUAUUGACACAGAUUAUUUGCCAGGGCCAGGAAGAAAAAAAAGUAAAUUCACAAAGGGUCGAGCUAAUUUCUGCCAAGCGUGUAUAUUCAUUGAUGAGCCAUGCCCUCGACUGCCUCUGCUGUGAACCUCAGGCAUGAACCCCCGCCCGCACCCACCCACUUCCCCCAGGCCCCAAAAAGUGUGGACAAAGUGUGCUCUCUGAUGUUGUUAAUUAAUUUAUUCAAUCUAAAACAUGACAUUGAGGAGUUUUUAAUCUUCUCAGCAUCUUUCAUUUCUGCAUCGAAAUUGAAACGGUCACUAUAUGGACUCUAAAGUGUACAUAAAAAUGCAUUUUUUUUUUGUAUUACAAUCAUUGCCAAUGUUUGUAGUAGUUUAAGUCGUGUCAUUAUUUUGGAUAUUGCAAUAGCUGCCAGUCAAAAGCCAUUCAUUGGAAAAUAGAGAUGUUUAUUUGAGCGAAAUUUAGACGAAUUCUGUGUGUUGCUUUUACCUGACAAAGAAAAGGGAGGUGUUUAUUUGUCUCAGUUAGAUACUGGAAACUAACUGGAGACGGGUGAUAGUUAAGGAAAAUGUGUGUGGAAAUACAGUACACACACAGUGAGCAGUUCAUGCAAAAAAA